GAGGAGAUCCCGUACCUUUUCACUCUCCCGCUCGCUUAGGCAAGGAUGCCCACUCGCACCCCUAUUAUUCGUUGUACAAAUGGAAGUGGUGUUAAAUGCACUGAGAGCAGCACCGUUGGUCAAAGGCUUGCAGCUGAGGGAAGGAGUCGAGGUACUUACCGGGGCAAUCGCAGAUGACCUCCUCUUGAUUACAGAAGCAACUGAUGAGUCACUGCGAGAGACAAAGGCAGUUCUUGACAAGUACGAAUCGUUGUCAGAGGCAAAAGUUAAUUGGGAUAAAUCAAUGUACUUCCUGCCUGCGGAAUUUGAAUUGACGGAUGAUUGGACUAUGAAGAGAAUCAAGGAAGAAGAAUCGGAGCGCUAUUUGGGAGUACAAGUCUCCCUAACCAACAGCAAGCCUACUCAAGAUGCAAUCUUGGCAUCUAGAGUAGAGGCCAGAGUAAAGAAAUGUAGAGGAGCGGCAGGUCUCUCUUUGCUGGGUCGGGCCGCAAUCAUCAACACCUCAAUCCUUCCUCUUAUGUGGCACAUUGCAGCAGUUAUCUUAAUAUCUCGUGCGACGCUACAAAAGAUCAUGUCAUGGGCAGCACACUACUUGUGGAAACCGAGUGGAGAAGACCAGGGAGGCUUUGUCACCAAGGUCUCUUGGUCCAAGGUAACUCAACCGAAGAAAGACGGAGGUCUGGGCGUCUUAGACCCUGAGAAGCAAAAUCUGGCACUCCUCGGCAAGUGGCUUCAGAAAGCCUGCAAUCAGGCCGAGAAGCGCAGCUGGUUAGAAAUUAUGCAAUAUAUUUUGCAGCAGGAGUUUGGUUUGUCAAGAAAGGAAGACGUCUGGGUUUGUCUCCAGAUCUCCUCCUUCCAGAACCGCAGGCCUAGAUCAGCUAUUGGUCUGGCCUGGUGGAUCGCCUGGCGUAAGUUAAAGAAACCCAAUGUGCGGGAGCCUGUAACUAGAGACGAAGUCCUGGUUCAACCAUUGUUUGAGAAUCAGGCCAUCAAGCAAAGGUCAGGAGAUACGUUCCCGGCAUCCAACCAGAAAGGAGCUUUCGGAAGGAAAUGGGUGGAAAAGGGAGUAUCGCAGGUCCGGGAUAUUUGGGCAGUAGAAAGACUUGAUUGGAAAUCUGAAACUGAAGUCCGACAGAGACUUGGCAGACUGCGUGAGGUCAGAGCCAAGCUGGGAAGCCUAAUUCAAGCUAUACCGGUAGAAUGGAUAAAUCUCCUGAAAAGUGAUAACCGUCCGAAGACGGGAGCAUGGUACAAAGAAUACGGAGAGGGAGUGCAUAACCAGAAGUUUUAUCAGAUUGAGGAUCAGAUUGAAGAUCAGGCAGCCACUGGGACGGGCAGUGACGCAGAGGAGGUAGAUAACGACAGUUGGCCAGCAACGGAGUGGCAGUUGCAGGGCCCUCCCGGGAAGCAGAUGAUGAGGAAAAGGGGAAAAGUGUUCCUGCCCACUGACCGUACUCUGAUCCCUGUUCGGGUAACAUAUGAGGAAGGUGGCAAUGGACACAGUACUCCAACUUUGGUCCUGGGUGGAGCUCCAAUCACUGAUCUGAGAAUUGAUCCAGUCACUUUCGUGUGCCUCAUAUGUUCGGUGAUCAUUCACGGUGUGACGCGUGCUGUUUCCCGUAGUAUUGCUGACUACGGCGCCUCCGAUGGCUUCCGCUCUUACUCCUCCUUCUCCUACGCCGACCAGUCUCUCGCUCGUUUACCUGUCCAUUACGUCAAGUUUUCCCGUUCCCGAUCCCGUUCCGCUUCCCCCCUCUCCUCCUCCUCCUCCUCCUCCUCUCCCAAGAUCUUGAUGGUCUCUGCCAGCCAAGCGCGCUGCGGCACUGACGACGGCGACAGCGAUAUCGUUAAGUUCCUCAAGAACAAGGCCGACUACGCCCGCAAGCACGACAUCGCCACUUGGUUCUCGCUGGAGCUCCUCGUUUCCCCCAUCCACGGUCGGUCGCGCAACAAGGUCAUGCUGCUUCGGCACCUCAUGCGCACUCAGAAGACCUAUGAUUGGUUCUUCUGGCUUGAUUCCGACACAAUGAUUACUGAUUUGAAUUUCCAGGUCCCUUGGCUGGACUACGAGAACCACGGUUACAGCAUGGUUGUCUGGGGCGACCCGGAGAUCCUCGAUCGGUCGCCCAACUACGACCAGCUGAACUUCGGCGUGCUGUUGCUGCGCAACGACCGGUACGCGCUGCAGUUCCUCGACGCCAUCGUCGAUUACUGGGACAGCCAUCCCAAUUACACCAUGCUGUACGAGGACGUGCGGAAGACGGUGAGCAGCAUGCCGCCGUAUUUAUCCGAUCAAUCGACUGCAAUCUACCUCCUCUCGACUCAGAAGGCCACGUGGCAACCCCGCGUGUUCCUCGAAAACCGAUUUCAUAUCAAUCGGUAUUGGAUGAGCAGCGCUAACGAGUUGGAGAAGUACUACGAGCGGGAAGAGGCUUGGGUAGGCGACGGUCGUGAUCCGCCGUUCAUUUUGCACUUCUGCGGCUGCGCACUGUGUUAUAAAAAGUUAGCUUCGGAUUUCGAGGAGUGCCAGCGGCAGCACGAUAGAGCGUUCAGAUUCGCGAAUAAUCAGGUAAUCAAGGAGUUGGGAUACCAGCACAGGAACUUGUCGAGUGAUGAGAUGGUGAGGUUGGACGGGGGGAAGGGGAAAUUAGCAGGGCGGCUAAAGGGAGGAUGGAAAGUGGAGGGAGGGGGGGGGGGGAGAGAAGAGGGAUAUGAGGAGGGGAGAGGGAGGGGGAGAGGUAUAGUCAGUCGUCGGCGAUAGCUAAAGGAGGGACGGAGGAAAGAGAUCGUAACAAACACACACACACACACACACACAGACACUGUGUGUCAGUUGGUGAAAGUACGACGAAACAGUCUCUUCGGCAAAGUCAAUGCUUAUCUUUGUGGAGGUGUGUAUAGUGAAUAUGGCGUGACACAUGCACACAAACACAGAUAUCUAUAUCUAUGUGACAAUGUAUGUAUAUAUACACGAUAUAUUCAUACUUCAUUCUGGAUUAUUGACCGACUCUCGUGUGACGCCUGUCGGGACAGAGACGCGGUGCGCCUUGGCUGUG